AUAUAGUCCUUGCUGAAUAAGGUUUCCUUGUACUUUUUGUGCUGCAAAGCCAGUAAAAUACAAAUGUUAUGCCAAGGACUAGAAUAGUGGCUAGAGCCAGAACCCUUGAAUUUGGCCGUUUUGGGACAAGAUCUUUCUUGGCCAUUGAUUCACUGCUUGGCCAAAGGCAAAGACCAUUAACAUUUCCAAAACUCAGUUAAUGUAUGUGUAAAUGGGCGUAAUAAUACCUAGCCUCAGAGAAAUGCUAGAGGCUUCGUGAAUGUUAAGGUGAUUUUAGAACUCUGGGAGGGAAGUACUGUAGGGCGGUCUAAACUUAACCAUAUUUAUCCAUGUAGCAGUAAUGAAUUAAUAAGAAUACCUCUCUGCAUGGACUUGCAUGUUCCUUCCAGUUGGUUUAUGCUCAGUACAUUGAUCUUUUCCUCUCUUUCACCCUUUUGCAGGUGUACUUUUCGAUUCCCUAGCACAGUCAUAAAGAUCCAAUUCACAUCUUUAUAUCAUAAAGAUGAAGUGAAGGAGGAAGCUUCAUCACCUCCCCUUCGGCCGCUUUACCCUCAGAUAUCCCCUCUGAAGAUACAUAUUCCGGAGCCGGAUCUCCGGAGUUUGGUCAGCCCCUUGCCCUCCCCCACUGGCACUAUCAGUGUUCCCAACUCCUGCCCAGCCAGUCCACGUGGUGCUGGAUCCUCAGGAUAUCGCCUUGUCCAGAACAUUACGUCGGACCUACAGCUGGCAGCAGAGUACGCAGCAAAAGCAGCAUCAGAGCAGCAGGCAGAUGCAUCUGGCGGGGACAGUCCAAAGGAUGAGUCCAAACCACCCUAUUCAUAUGCUCAAUUAAUUGUGCAGGCAAUAUCUUCAGCCCAAGACAGGCAAUUAACACUAAGUGGGAUCUAUGCCCACAUCACCAAGCAUUAUCCAUAUUACAGGACUGCUGACAAAGGCUGGCAGAACUCCAUUCGGCACAAUCUCUCCUUAAAUCGUUACUUUAUCAAAGUUCCACGCUCCCAAGAGGAGCCUGGGAAAGGUUCCUUUUGGCGAAUCGACCCUGCCUCAGAAGCCAAGCUAGUUGAACAGGCAUUCCGAAAACGGAGACAGAGAGGCGUGUCCUGUUUUCGAACGCCUUUUGGGCCUCUCUCCUCCAGGAGUGCCCCUGCGUCUCCUACUCAUCCCGGCUUGCUGUCCCCUCACUCUAGUGGCCUACAGACUCCCGAGUGCCUAUCCAGGGAGGGUUCACCCAUUCCACAUGACCAUGAUUUUGCGUCAAAAUUAGCCUCUGUUCCAGAGUAUCGGUAUUCACAAAGUGCACCUGGAUCACCUGUCAGUGCCCAGCCGGUGAUCAUGGCUGUUCCCCCCCGGCAGUCCACUCUCAUGGCAAAGCCGGUAGCUUACAUGCCAAUAGUGACUUCGCAGCAGCCUUCUGGUCAUGCAAUCCAUGUAGUGCAGCAAGCUCCUACAGUUACAAUGGUCAGGGUUGUAACCUCCUCCUCCAGCUCCGCUAAUGGAUACAUACUGACAAAUCCGGGCCCAGCAGGCGGUGUUCACGAAGCAGCAGGAACAGUGUUGGAUUUGGCUGCUGAUCAUCGAGGUAGCAUUGAUGAGAAGCCAACAAUUGCGUUUGCCACAAUACCUACUGCCAGUCGAGUCAUCCAAACAGUUGCCAGUCAGAUGGCUCAAGGUGUCCCAGGGCAAACUGUUACCAUCCUUCAACAGGCAACUCCAGUGACCAUUGGACAACAUCAGCUACCUGUUCGGGCAGUGACACAAAAUGGGAAGCAUGCCAUCCCCACCAACAGCAUCACCGGCAGUGCUUACGCUCUCACAAAUCCACUGCAGCUCCUUGCAGCCCAGGCUAGCUCAUCCACUCCUGUUGUAGUCAGCCGGAUAUGUGAGGCAGCAGCUGAAGACCCUGCAGCACCCUCGGGUGAGCCAGAUGUCAAAAGACCCCGAAUGGAAGAAUCCAGCGGAGCAGUCCAGGCUCAAACGGGAGUCAUCACAUCAACAACGCCUCAAGGACAGACAACCAGUGAAUGACAAACCAGUGGGAGGAUAGUAAGAAUGUUCGUGGGGCAGCAGCAUGCGCCGCGAAAGCAAUUUUUCAAAGAAAAGUUUUGAAAAACCACAACUGUAAUAACAGCCUGGAAUUAAGAGAAUUACAAGCUCUUUUUAAAAUUUAAUUUUAAAAGGGCAGGUCAGCAGCCAUUCUUACAAUCUCGAGGUGCCAAAAAGAAUGGAAAAAAAUCCUCCCAAUUACCUGUUCCUGGAACUCAGUUCUGCCUUUACUUAUGGGAUAUUUUUCCUCUUUUUAGAUUAAAAAAAAAAUACAGACAACUGAUUGUAUGACUGCUGGGAUUUUUUUUUUUUAAUCUCCUUCCCCUUUUUUCUUAAGGGGAUGGGAGUUACAGUUCAGCAUCUAAAGGAAUGUAUCAUGGAUGCAUCUGCUCCCUGGGAGGAAAACUAAUCAUCUCUGAUGCCUUGCUUAUUCUGCCUUGUAGAGCUUCAAAACAUAGGACCAUUUAAAAGGGCCACCCAAGAAGAUGGACAUAGAAGAAGAGGCGCAGCUUCUCGUAGGAACAGCAUUAAAGUAACAUAAUACCAAACUAGGGAGAGAAAAGGCAGAUUUUUUUUAUACAACGUCACCCUGUGAAACAUUAUUAUAUCCAUGUUUGUUUAUAUGAGUUUUGGGAGGGGGAGCUUUAGGGCUGAACCAGCUGGAUCUUCAAAAUACAGUUUCUGUCCAUUCCCUUUGAGGGAGAGUGGAAAAGUGAGACAAUGGAGCAGCAUUAAUUUGUUUCUUGUAAAGAAAAGAACAACAAAUAUAAAGGGGUGGGUUGUACUCACACUCAUAUGCUUCUGGAUUCACAGUAAAAUAUCUCAGACUGAACAUGUGAGAACGGACACCUCUGAAAGGUUCUGUGUCAUGUAUAUUGGGUUUUCUGAUUGUUCAUGUGUCUCCCUGCUUCUGGGGCAAUAUGGUUAAUUUAUAACAUCCUAGAAUGACCUGCCAUCAUCUUUCCUGUGAUGGUUAGCCUUCUGCAUCAAAGUGUUUAUCUCAGUCCUUUCUGGCAGUACAGGCCUCUGGCCGGAAGACCAGAUAGCCUAAGUUCAGUGGCCCAGCACCAGAUGGAAACUUGGAGCUGGCAUUGCUGGAAGAGGAUUUUGGUGGUGUCCCAUCAUGAGAUAGUGAGAUUAAAUUCCAGGGUGAAGGGCAGUGGCGAUUAAAAACAGUAUUGAGAAUAAAUCUCAAAAACAAAUGCCAAUAAGAGGAGGCCCCACAUUUUCUACACAAAACUGUCAACUGCUGUUUUUAAAACAGAGUUUUGAGGUUUGCCUUUGCACCCAACCCAUGCCUCCCAAUGAUACAAUUAGACAAAGGACCAGGAGUCAAUUGCAUUUGUUAGUACUGGCCAGUAGUCAGAGAAUUUCCUUCUAAAUACACACUUGUUUUAAUUUAGCAGUUGGGUAAAUCAUGCUCUGUUCAUGAUAUACUAAAAAGAUCAGUGCAGACCCACUAUCCCUGCAGAUUCCUCCUUGAAGCAGUUGGGAAAGUGGGUGCUGUGCAUGGCAUGAAUUGUGGGUGAAGAAACAAGAUUACUCUCCUUUUCAGCCUCCAGCUAACUAGUUAAGUUAGCAGAAAGAGUUGUAUUGUAAAAACUAUCAUCUAAACACCAAAGACCUUUCUUAACUUAAAGAUCCUGAUAGCUUUGGAAAUGUGAAAAGGAAGCCAGCAAUGAUGAAGCAUAUGUCUUCUAUCUAGAGGUUUGUCCACCCUUUCUGCUUCCACUGACAUAGUGCAGUGCUAUCUUGCUGUUAAUGCCAAACUGGCAGUGUUGUUAUAGAGCAGAGUGCAGUAGGCUCAAUGAGGAACUUUAUGGGAUGGAUUUUCCCAACAUAUAAUAAAUGAGAUCAUCCAUAUCCUGUACACAUGGCGCAUCACAGGUGUUUGUUAGGGGAAAAAAGCAUAGUUGAUUAAUUUCUUCUAGCAUCUUAGGGAGGAGACACAUGUUGUAGUAAUGACUAAGUGCAAUUGGGUGACACUAAUUUUCUUCUAGGUUUCCUUUUUCUUUGCCAGAUAUCAUUCUCUGAGUGAGAACCACUGUCUAAAGGAAAGCUGAGCAAGUUUGUUGUGGCCCCCAAAGUUUCCAAAAAGGGAGAAAAUUCUUGGGGGACGUGGUUUAGGGUUACACCGUCAGAGGCACAAACUGCAUUGAAGGUAGCAAUGCAUCUUUGGUAUGACCAUUCUCAUUUAUAUGUAUGUUGGUGGCAACCAUUAGACAUAUUCUCUGGAUUUUAGUGCAUUGAGUUGAUUUCUAAAAUCUGGUGGUAGCUGUUGUAAUUUGCCUAAUAGUCGCAGUCAGUCAGUUAACAACUUUGCACCUCUUCUGCUUCCUAGAAAGUGGUUGAGUCUGGGUUUUUAACAAUGACCAGCUCAUGUAACAGUUUGCUCGCAGCCAGGAUUCUAAGAAAAGACUUUCAUCAUACAGAAUAGGGCACAAUGAUGAGAGUACAGCACAGUUUAAUUGUGCCCCUAUAGCCAGCCAGUAACUUCAGGUGAAUGCUGCUUUGAAUUUCAACAAGCUUCCAGGAAGAACUGAGUCUGGGAAUCCUAUAUGUAAGAAAUGGUUUUUGAGUCUUGUAUCAUGUCAGGUGAGCACAUGCUGGAUGAGUGACAAAUGAAAAACAUUGUUUGGGUUAGAUAGUUGCUUCUCCUUGAAAAUGUCCAUAAAUAUGACAGUACCUUAAGCUGCUGUAAAUCAGAGAGCCACUGAGAAAAGCAGAGAAUUGCAGACAAACAGACAGUGAGUGUUUCCACAGAUCAGUUGCUGCGUUAUAGAGACGCCUUUUUAAAAUGUACAGGUUUAAAAUAUACAUAGUUGUCCCUUCAAUAUUCAGGGCAUGUAACGUUUUCCCAGUCUCUCCUUUUUGGUUCAGAAUACCUAUUGGCCAAGUUGCUAGUUGAUAAUUGAAUAUACUUAUCACUAGUUACAUAUUCACUGGUUCUACCUGCAAAACUCCAUAAUCUUUACUUUACCCAAGUAGUGUUUUCUGCCUCAUCCCUCACCAGUCUGGAUAUCCACCUUCCAUUCUAGGAAGCAGCAUACCACUUGUGAAUUAACCUUUCUUUUACAGUCAUUUAGUAGGUGCUUGGCUUGUGUUGGACCCACACUGGGGAAAAACAGCAUUUCCUACCCAAAAUCCUGUGGCCCUAUGGAAAAGCGUUCUUCCUCAUUUGUAGCAGUUGAUUAAGAGUAUUUAUACCUACUCUCAGGCCUCCAGAGUGGUACCCUAGCAUGCUGCCAGUUCUAGAAAGCCACUCAGCAAAAACAUUGCAGUUACCAAUGAAAAUUCCAUUGAAGAAAGGGCAAAUUAUAGAUAUUGGAGAUUGAAACAACCUAACGUUAUCUAGUCCAUCUCUGCCGAAGCUAGAUUGUUGCCAUGCCAGAAGUGUGUUUUCUUCCCCUUUUACAUGCGUUUUCAACCCAUUGGUAAUGUACCUCAAUUCUUGUAGUGACAAAUUCUCUUCCUUUCUUUUUCUCUUCUGGCUGCUGCUAAUAGUCCACACUUAGGUGACUGGGUAUAACCAACAUGGAGUAAAUAGGCUAUUGUGUUUCUUGGUUAUUGGAAUGUAGAAUUUGGGCUGGAAAUAUUUGGUGAUAAGGUCUGAAUCCAUAUCUGAGUUGGGUCUGGUUGACCCCUUUUUCUAUUUGGAAGCGACUUCAUUUGAGAGAGUUGGCAUAUGCAGGGAAAACAGAUGCCAUAUUGCAAACAGAUGCUCACUCUCGUUUAACAACCUCUUUUUCUUUUUUUCCUUUGUUGGUGGUUUGUUGCUAAUGACCAUCAGAUCUAGGCCUAGUCCAAUGAAUUCUCCUGCAUUUUGGCAUCAAAUCUGUUGUUUUCAGCCAACUGUGAUUACUGUGCUUUCCCUUGGCUUGGGCAAGUGUCAGAUGGAAUCCAGUGCAAUUUCAAGGUCAUUUGAAUUACAUCGUCCCUCCCAGUCUAUGUGAAGAUGCUCCUACAUUCCGGUGUAUUUGAAUGUGACCUCCCAUUACCUGGGUUACUUUUGCAGAAUAAUAUAGAAUAUGUUUUAAUGAUUGACUCGAAACUUAGAAAAUGUUAUCCCCAAAGAAUCCCCAGGAAUACAAAAACCUGUAUUUGCCUUUUAAAUUCCCUUUUCUAUUUGAAAAUGGGAGCUACUAAUUUUUGUGUAAGGUUGGAACUUUAAAAAAAAAAAUUAAAUGAAUUUUUCUGUUGAAA